CCUAGGCCAAACCCUAACUCUUUUCAUUCUUCUUUCGUUCAGCGUCCGAGGCCGAAACUACUCUUCUUCCUCCAUCCCAGCCGGCACCGGCACCGGCAGCCUCCUCCCCAAUCAGUUCCGCCACUCCCUCGGCGGAAGCCGUCGCUGAGUGACGUCAUCAUCGGCAGUCUCACGGCCUCUCACUUGUUCGUUUUCGACGCCCUUGGGAUGAUCCCCUUUUUCUUCCUCUCACUAUUCUCUAACUUUCAUCGGAGCUUCGCUUCAUCUCGGUUCUUAUGCUUAUAAGAUCUGAAUUUUAGUAUGGUUGUAGCAAAUGUCAAAUUUUAUUUGUGAUUUGUGUGAUACCAGGUGAUCUUGAUUAGAGUAAUGGUGAGGUAUAGAAACCGAUACUUGAUACUUGAAGUUAUCUUAGAUCCCGAAAAAGACUUUGCAACAGAUGAUUCUAUUAUCAUUACCCAAUACAAUAUUUCGAAAGCAAUCAAGGAUAGUAUUCUUCUCAACUUUGGGGAGUGUGGUUUUGCUUCCACACUCGGAUCUUUUCAAGUUAGGUAUGUAAAUCCGAUCACAAAGUUAUGUAUCAUUAGAACUUCCAAAGAGGACUACCAAAAGGUCUGGGCUGCAAUUACUAUGGUGAGGACUAUCGGCAAUUGUCCUGUUCUGUUUAAUCUACUGGACCUAAAUGGAAAUACCAGGGCUUGCAAGAACACUGCCUUGAGGUUCGAAGAAUUGAAGUUUGAGCAAUAUAAGCUUAUGGUUGGAUUUCGUCUCUCGGAUGAUGUCAAUUUGCAAAUGCAGAAUUGUCUCGAGAAGAUUAGAACUUGGGACUGAUUAUCUGACAUGUAUGUGAAAUUCUUGCUAGCAGUAGAUAGAUAGCUUCCUGAAUUUAUACACAUUUCUUUUUGCUUCAAAUAACUUCUUUCUAAUUAUAUAUCAAUGAGCUGAAGUAAAACUCGAGCACUUGACUA